AAAUGGCAGUGCCUUUCUCAAACACUCACCUGCGGGUCCCGCGAGGAUUUGGUACCAUACUAGAGGGACUGACCCGUGAAGUCCUACGAGACCAGCCUGAAGACAUCCCCAAAUAUGCCGCGCAGUACUUCGAAGCUCUUCUAAAAGAAAGACAAGAGAGUGGCAUGGACCCUGCCGAGUGGGCUGCUAAACUGGAAGAUAGAUUCUACAACAACCAUGCGUUCAAAAGCCUUGAGGUAGAGGAGUGCAGCCAGUCCCAGAAGAAGGAGGACAUUGUGGACAUCAUGGACAUCCCCCUGGAUGAUCCCGAGGCCAACAGGGCUGCUGCCAAAAUUCAGGCUGGCUUUCGUGGCCACAUGAUUCGUAAGCAGCUGAAGCCAGAGGUCAAAGAAGGAGAUAAGGAGGAGUGCAGCCGGCCCCAGGAGGAGGACAUCAUGGACAUCCCCUUGGAUGAUCCUGAGGCCAACAGAGCUGCUGCCAAAAUUCAGGCUGGCUUUCGUGACCGCAUGAAUCGUAAGAAGCUGAAACCAGAGGGCAAAAUAGAAGAGGAAAAGGAGGAGGGCAUCCAGCCCCAGAAGAAGGACAUUGUGGACAUAAUGAACAUCCCCCUGGAUGACCCUGAGGCCAACAGGGCUGCUGCUAAAAUUCAGGCUGGCUUUCGUGGCCACAUGGAUCGUAAGAAGCUGAAACCGGAGGGCAAAAUAGAAGAGGAAAAGACUAACACUUCAAAAGAAACAGCAACAGAGGUGACCGUUUCCAAAGAAAAAUCAUUUGAGUCCCGAAUUGAAGACAAAUCAAGUCGUUCAGAUGAAAUCUCGCACCCUAAUGUCUCAAAAAAGACUGAAAACACUGACAAUGAAGAGUCAGUCUACAGGUUCCGAACAGCAGCUGCACAGUCAGAGGAACCGAGUGGCACAGACAACCAAAGCGAUCCAGCAGUAACUGUAUUUGAUCAAGUUGACAGGACGGCUAAUGAAACUGUUCCAGACCAAAAUAUACCUCACUUUGAGUUAGAGCCCACUGACUUGUCAUCAUUCAGAGGGCUGUCAAAUGUGGAUGUGUGUGCUCUGGAGUUAAUAGCAUCAGAAGAUGAGGAAGUUAACAAACAAGGACCAGCAGUUGCACACGAGGAGCUUGUCGAUUCAGGAGAAGAGGAAAAUACUGAAGUUGUAGAGCCAGUGGAAGUCAUUCAGUAUUCUGGCCUAGCUGAUGUGGAUGUGUGCGCUGCAGAGCUUGAAGGAACAGAGGGAACAAUGAAAGGAGCAACUGCUGAGAAUGUUACACGUGUUAGUGAAGAAAAUCUGAAACACCAGCCGGAGGACAUUCUUGUAAAAUCGUCAGUGGCUCAAGCUGAAAUCACUGAGAACAACCGAGAACAAGCAGAGGAUCAGCCAGACAAAGGAAACGAGGAAAGAACAGAGACUGAAGCUUAUUCUGGGGAGACUCAUGAAAGUGUAGCUCAUAGCAGGGGUAGCUUAGAUGGUAAUGUUAUUCCAAAGGAGGAUUCUUUGGUUGAAAUUAGCUUUAAAGAUGUUCCAGAAGCUCAGCAGAUUAGUAAGGCUGCGGAGAAACAGCCAGAGGAACAGAGUUCAACAAAUGCCUUACAGAUGGACGUAUUAGAAAUGCGAGAGAAGGAAGAGUCAGAGGACACUACUGCAAUUCCAACUGGCCACUGUGUUGCUGAUACACAAGGCAGCCAUAAACAUGAAGCUGAAAAGGAAGUUAACAGGGCCAAAUGGACAGAUGACUUCAAUUUAAGUGAUGAUGAUGAUGAUGAUGAUGAAAAGGAAAAAGGUGAGGACACCAGCUCAUUAAAUCAGCAUAGCACAGAGGCAGAAAAAGAGAACCAAGAGUAUGAAACCAAUCCUGCAAUUGAAAAUAAUGAGCAGCUAAGUGAGGCCAUAUUUCUCAAGAGUGAAGAUUCAGAAAAAGAGACAGGCUCAGAUGACCCUGAUUUCAAAGAAGGCCACAUGACAGAUGUGGUUGGAGGAGAUAUCGAAGAAACUCACAAGAAGGUUUACAGCAAGACAAGGGAUCAGGAAAUUAAUGAUGGUGGGGCGGAAAAUAAUUCAUCACAAGCAACCCAGUCAAAUACAUCAAUGGCUAGAAUGGGGGCAGAGAGAGAAGUCUUUGAGGAGAGAGCGCAACAUCCACCGGAGGAGAACGAGGAGAGUCGGAUAACACUUGUAUGGUCGCAGCCAGAGGACACAGUGGAGGAAAAAGAGGUCACAUCAAAGGAAGGAGAGGAACUUGGAGAGGGGAUGACUGACUCUGAAAUACAAGAGAAAAGUGCCAUGAUGCAUGAGGAGGAGAACAUCACGCUCCCUCACAGUGCAGAUUGGGCUGCUGAUGUCCACCAAGGAGAAGAAAAGCUACCUGAGGACACCACAGUGCAAGAGAGUACUGACAAGGUAAUCUUGAUUCUUUUUAACACUGGGUGUUCACUCCUCCCUUUAUCGUUAAAAUGUGAAAGCUACUUUGCAUCUUAAAGGUAUUAAUUAAUAAUUGUACACAGUAAAGACAUGACCCUAUUAAAAAAUUAGCAAUAAACUGGCAGCUAACUUCAUGCCCUCCACUUUCUGUUAGCCAGCUGAGGAUGAAUGUUUGACACAGAGAUUGCUUUAGCUAGGCUACAGUUUGUUCUGUUUCCAUUCCUGUCUCAGGUAGCCUAUAUAAAUAACCUCUGUGAGGACAAGCCUGAUCAACAGAGGCCUUCAUUUUCUUCUCCCUUGGUGGAUCUGGGGGUGGGUGAUUGAAAAUACCUUCGAAAUAGUUCCUUUUCUGGAUGACUUAUGGUAGUUUGCACUUAUACUUUGAAUGUCAUUAUCUCAGCUGAAAUCUACAGGAAUUUCACAUUCAAAGUUAAGCGCAAUCAGUCUUUUUUUCACAUUUGGGCACGCGGAAGAGGCCGUCGGAGGCCUUCACUCCUGCCGCACUCCUCCUGGGAGCCUCCACUGCCUCCACAGAUUGAAGCUUGAUUCUCUAAUCUGUCAUCAUAAAAGACCAACUAAACAAUUUGUCUUGUGAAUUAAGCCUGUAAUUUUUUUUAUUGCUGUCACAGUUAGCCCCGUCUGAUUUGUCUGGACCAACAGGACUCCAAACACACGCGCGCGCGCGCACACACACAAAGUAGGAGUGUAGGAAGGGGUACUGACGAUGUUACUAUGGUAACCCCUCACCAUCCUGCUCUCUUCAUGUCGUCAUGGAAUUAAUAGGAGAUGGUGAUGCUGAUAGUUGCUAGGCACCCUCUGUAUCAGUAAUCUACCUUUAAUAACAGUUUUAGCCGAGUGAUUAAACAUCAGUUUCUGUAUUUUCCUACCUAGCGAUGGAUUUGACUUUAGCUGAAACACAGCAAAACUGUGGAGUGUAUAAAUGUAAAUCCAGCUGCUCAAGCAGUAACCUAGCAGCUCUCCCCUGUAAUGUUGGACUGUUAUGCUUUUAACUGUCUAUUUACAACUGCCCACAACGAAAUUCCUAUACAUUAAUCAUCUCAAUACUGUGUUAGAUGCACUCAUGAAAGCAGGAUCGACUUCUUAAUUCAUUCCAGUGAGUAUAAAUAUAAAUACCCAGUUUGAGAAAGUUAGCUGAUCGAUAAAGCAGAUCAGCCCAGUGAAAUUAGGCGUUUGCAUAACUUAGCAUAUUGUCUGAAUGUGAAUGGCAAGCAAACCAGCAGGAGUGAGUUAAUGUCAGAGAUAUAACUCAGAUAAAUGGAUGUUUUCUGUUUCUCCCUCUCUCUCCGUCUUGUCUCUGAGGCUGGCAGAGGAGUGUGGGCGGCCAUACCAGCUGGGAUCAGAGGGAUGGAGAGGGCUGUUAGCUCACUCUGCCUCUAAUAAAUUUAUAACACCUCCUAGUGUAAAAUAGCCCAAGAUGCUUACACAGUUUUAUUUUCACACUAUUUGUAGAAUUUUCAAAGUCAGCAUUUAUUGUUUUAUGGCCAUCUGGUUUACAUAGUAAUUCCAAGUUUGUCACUUGUUUUUAUUUGGGGAGUUUGUUAUUGUAACACUGCAACUUGUGUGAAUUUUAAUGGUGCUUGGUGCAUGUGGUAGUCUUUCCUAGUUUGCAUCCAGGAUGAAUUAAGUUGUGGGAAAAACUGUCAAGCUAUAAAUUGCUGAGAGAGAAAUAGAGCACAGUCCAGCCUGUUUCGUUUACUUCAGUCAUCAGGUUGUUCUUAGUGAAUGUUAAGCUCUGUUACAUGUUUGUAACUGUAAAAUGAACACAGUAGGUCAGAAACCCUAAUGAGACUGAAAAGAUGAACACAUGCUGUUAUGUUUGUAGGAGGUCUCUCUUUCUCUCCCUCCCUUCCUCUUCCUCUCUCAAUCGCUCCCUUGCUGCCGCUCUCCCUCUCUCUCCCUCUCACUGUAUGUCUCUCUCUCUCACUCUGUGCGUGAGCGGGUGUUACUGAACAUACAGUGAUUGUUAGUAAGAGCCAGUGAGACAUCUGUAUUAUACCGGAGACUCGUUUAAAGAGAGCUUUUGCUUGGUCCACAUAGAAAUUCGGGCACAGAAGUCAUAGCAGGUCAUAUCACCUGAAGACUGAAAUCAUCUCUGAGAGUAAGAAAUGG